AAUACAAGAAUGGCCGUGAAGCUCAUUUACCUCUUUCUCUUCGUUUACAUUGCUCUUCUAAUUUCAGAGGGGAAUGCUACUAAAGCGGGUAUGGCCACUAAGGAAGCCACCGAGAGAGGACGGGAUGGGAAGAAUGGUCGGACCGAAUGGCUAUACGUAGCAGGAGAAUGUGCAAAAUUACCACGUUGCAACAAAUAUUGUGUUUCCAACGGAUUUCGUCUUGGUGGGUUUUGUAAGAAAUUGUCUCCUCAAUCUUCUUCUCUUUCUUGUGUUUGUAAAUAUACCUAAAUUUCAGCAAGUUUUACCAAUAAGUUUCCUUUUGUUGUUGUUGUUGUUGUUGUUGUUGUUGGGAGAGAUAAUUAAGUGUUGCUGAGAAGUUAAGUCUAGGUGGUCC